AUGCCUAUCGUCAAUGGCGAGAAAUACGCUUGUGAUUCGUGCAUCAAGGGCCAUCGCGUCAGCGGCUGCACGCACUCAGAUCGUCCUCUGAAACACAUAAAUCCAAAGGGCCGGCCUGUCAAGCAAUGCGAGCACUGCCAAAAGGCUCGCAAGACAAAGUCUCACCAUGCUCGCUGCGACUGCGGCACUAAGAAAGACAAGACAAAGGCCGCCGCCGAAAAGGCCGCCAGCGAGGGCGACCACGACACCACCCUGAACCUGCACCCCGGCCAGGAUGACGGAUGCCGCUGCUUUCUGGGUCAAGGCGGUCAGUGCAUAUGCGGGCUGAAGAAGGAUCCACUGGACCUGCGCAUCGAUACGGGCAUCCACCGGCUUCCCGCUCACCUCAGCAAGUCCAAGCCGCCGCUCGUCUCCUCUCGAUCCGAGGCCCAUCUGACCGUCUUUGCCAAUGGCCACCACAAGCCUUGCCACGGCCGCCUGAACAACACGGCGCACACGUCGGGCGUCCCGUACAAGAUUCCCCGUCAUCACACCAUGUCGCAGGUCCCUCACCACCAGUCGCACGACAAUCUCGGCGAGAUCUACAGCAAGACCAUGGACCCGGCCCGCCGCUCCGUCGACAGCUUGAACCUGAACAUGUCCAGCAACUCUCCCUUUGGCUACUUCACCCCCCAGUCUACGGCCGAAAGCGUUCCCCUGACCCCUCUCGCCGGCAGCAUGGAGCACGACACGAACAUGUUCGACCCGUCGAAAUACAUGUUCAGCUCGCAGCCCGUCGACAAGGUGGUCGGAGGGACCAGCAUGCCUCACGGUUUGCCCAUGUCCGAGAGCGUGCCGGUGCACACGUAUCCGUGGAUGGACAACAUGUACCCCGCUCCCAUGGUGCCGCAGUACGGAUUGGACAGCAUUUCGACGUCGCCCACGGGAGAUAUCACUCCGGACGUCGAAUUCGGCCUUCCCACUAGCCACACAGACAUCAACAUCAACCCCUGGUCUGCCGGUGAUCUCCCCUUGGACCCCAACAAGCUGUCGGAAUCUUUCCCGCAGCCCAUCUCUCACAGCGGCGAUUCUAACCGCCAAAGCAUGCCAGGCAUGACAACAUCUUCAGGCACACAGUCGGAAGUCGGCGAACCCCCGGCCUUUGGCGACAUGGACUUGAACAAAAUGCAGCAGCCUUUCGGUGACCAGAUGCUCGACGGAUACCAAUUUCGGGAACCUUCGUCGUAUCGCUUGAGCACGCAGUCUCUGCAGUCGCUGCAGUCGCAGAACCAGCAGCUCCCCACCUCGGUACCGCCAAACGAAAACCGCCGCUCCCUGGACGUCGACUACAUGCGCGGUUCGCAGGGUGGCUUUCCGAUGAGUUUCAGCCACAGCCAGAGCCCGGAAAGCAUGUUCGUCAGCUCCGCCCCAAUGGACAGCCAGCGCAUCUACCGGACGGCCGCGCCCACGUCGACGUCCGGAUCCUCAGAGUCAUCGCGCACCGUCGUGCCAACGACGGGCGAGUACGAGAUUUCGUUUCCGCCCGCCAUCAUCGGGGGUGGCGGCAGCGUCGGUGCAAGUGUCGGCACCGCAGACGCGAGUCAAGGGAGCUGGUUCAACUUUCUCGACAAUGGCAUGAACAAUGGCAUGAACAUCGAUGGUCUUGCGAUGCCGGUGGCUAUGGACAACACACAUACUACACACGAGUAUUCGACCUGGUUAUAG